AAAAAAAAAAAAAAGCUUUUUGUGAGAUAUUUACUCUUCCGACAAAUAAUAGUAACAGCUUUCAUUUACCAUCUAAUAUGUUCUAUGCGUUGUGCAAAAUGUUUUAGAUAUUGUCUUAUUAAAUUCUCAUAACAGCCCCCUGAGCUAUUUACCUAUGAGACAGGAGGCUUAGAUAGAAAUUAAAUAGCCUGCCAAAGUUAGGUAUGGUGGAACUAACAUUGGAACACAAAAAGGUGCAGAUCUAGGACAUAAAGGUUGAAAUUUACAGAAAAGAACAGAAGCAGUGGUGACCUCUCUUUUUCCAUCACUCUUAUGAAUUUCAGGGUGAAAUUGUUUCUUAUUUGAGUCAUUUUGUUUUCUUCUGAAUGAAACAUUUAUUUCACGUAAUUUUUGUUUUUAAAUUGCUAGUGUCUGUUAGUGUAAAGUCAUUUUAAGGUUUGGAUAUUGUAAAAACAAAGGAAUGAAGGAAACUCAAACAAUGUGCCAUUCUAGAAGCAAACAAUUUCUACUAAAUUUGAAGAUUGAAGAUAUUCCAAAUGAUGACACUAUCCUGAUAUUAAAUUAUCAAUCAGGGUUUAUAAUUUAUGAAUGUGAACAUCUUCCUGGAAAUAACGAUUUGGAAUUUUAUUGACUUGUUUUUCUGUCUGUCUGAUUCAGUGAGUCUGUUUCAAAAUUUCAGCCUUAUCGGUAUUGUAAUCUGUGUGUAUUCUCCAGUUCAAAAGAGACCCUAUCUUCCUUCCUUUGAGGAAAUACUAGGUAUAUAAUACUGGGACUUUUUCAUAGUUCCAUGGAUGAGAAUACAAAAGAUUAGUAAGACAUAUUCUCAGCACUCAAAGAUCUUUUGUCUUUUGAAGUUCCCAGGCUAGGUAGUUGCACCACAGCCAGAGCAACUCGGGAUCUGUGACUUACACCAUAGCUCAUGGCAGUGCUGGAUCCUUAACCCACUGAGCAAGGCCAGGGAUCAAACCCAUCUCCCCAUGGAUACUAGUUGGGUUUGUUAACCACUGAGCCAUGAGGGGAACUCCUCAAGGAUCUUACUCCAGUAAGAAGACUCAUAUAAAUGCACAGAUAUGGUCUUUAUAACAGCAGAGUUUAAAAAAAAUGGAACCUCGUUCCUGUGACACUUUUGUGGCAUUACCUCCAACAACAGUUGAUAAUAGGAUUAUUUUUGGAAAAAAUUCUGAUAGACCUUGUGAUGAAGUACAAGAAGUAGUUUAUUUUCCUGCAGCAGUUCAUGACAACCUGAAAGAACAUCUUAAGUGUACUUACAUAGAAAUUGAUCAAGUUCCUGAAACAUAUGCUGUUGUUCUUAGUCGUCCAGCUUGGUUAUGGGGAGCAGAAAUGGGAGCCAAUGAGCAUGGAGUUUGCAUUGGGAAUGAAGCUGUAUGGGGAAGAGAAGAAGUUUGUGAUGAAGAGGCACUACUGGGCAUGGACCUUGUCAGACUUGGCCUUGAAAGAGCUGAUACAGCUGAAAAAGCCCUCAAUGUCAUUGUUGAUUUAUUAGAAAAAUAUGGCCAGGGUGGAAAUUGUUCAGAGGGUAGGAUGGUAUUUAGCUAUCACAACAGUUUCCUGAUAGCUGAUAGGAAUGAAGCCUGGAUUCUGGAGACUGCAGGGAAGUACUGGGCAGCAGAAAAAGUACAAGAGGGAGUUCGUAAUAUUUCUAAUCAGCUUUCUAUAACAACCAAGAUUGAUCGGGAGCACCCAGACAUGAGAAACUAUGCUAAGCAGAAAGGCUGGUGGGAUGGUAAAAAAGAGUUUGAUUUUGCUGCAACAUACUCUUAUCUCGACACAGCCAAGAUGAUGACUUCAUCAGGCAGAUAUUGUGAAGGCUACAAGCUUCUGAAUAAACAUAAAGGAAACAUAACUUUCGAAACAAUGAUGGAAAUUCUCCGAGAUAAACCAAGUGGCAUUAAUAUGGAGGGAGAAUUCCUGACUACAGCAAGCAUGGUUUCUAUUUUACCUCAGGACUCCAACCUUCCUUGCAUUCAUUUCUUUACAGGGACUCCUCAUCCUGAGAGAUCUGUUUUUAAGCCUUUUGUAUUUGCACCAAAUAUUUCACAACUAUCAGACACCAGUUCACCUACAUUUGAACCUGAGUAUUCAGUUAAAAAGAAGCCACAUUUUAAUAUUAAGCCUGACAGAAGACACCCACUCUACCAAAAACAUCAAGAGGCACUGGAAAUACUCGAUAGUAAGGAGGAAAAAGCCAAAACAAUGUUGGACAACAUGAGGAAACUGGAGAAAGAACUAUUCAAAGAGAUGGAAUCGAUCCUUCAAAACAAGCAUCUUGAUGUGGAUAAAAUUGUUAAUCUUUUUCCUCAGUGUACAAAAGAUGAAAUUAGAAUUUAUAAGUCAAAUUUUAGUUCUUAGUGAUCACAUAAAUGGUUAGCAAUCUUCCUCAAAGUUAUAAUCUAUUACCUUGGUAAAUAAUGUAAACUUAGUUUGAGAAUAUUUGAUUAUUCUUUAAUAGCAUUCAAGUGAUGCUUGGCUAUUAAAACUAUAUACAACCUUGUUGAAAUAUUGAGAAAUAACAUUGAAACUGGACACAUAUAUCAUGGAUUGCCAGAUGAUACUUCAGGUACCAACUUGUAUUAAUUUUUUUAGCCAUACACCUUUUAAAAAAUCAUAAUAAAUAUCUAGUUCUGCAUAAAGCAUGAAACAUUAAAAUAAUGCAAGUAUUUAUUAUGAUUAUGAAUUGUCCUCAAAUAAUUAGUUACAAUGAGAAAACAGAUUUUUCUUUAGUAAUGGAAAAUAUUGUCUUAACCAAUGAAUUUUUUUGUACUUUAGGCAAGUAUUAAGCAGCUCUAACAAAAUUUUAUAGAUUUACACAUUGUCUUAUUACCAGGUUUUAACUACGCAAAUGUUUUAUUAAACUCAAACAUACUCAUGCUCCUUAAUGGGCUUUUGGUUAAUAUUUUUAGAAGAGCUUUCCUAGGAGACUAGGUAAUGGAAUAAGCCUAGGCCUUAGGAGAUACUGUUUUGUUGUCUAAAUCUCUCUCAUCUUUUACCUCUGUUCAUUCAGUGCAAACAGGAAUAAGAAUGAGAUAGUGGUGAUGAAAUAGAAAUACUAGUGUAUUACGGGGUUCCCAUUGUGGUUAGUAUCCAUGAGGACACUCGUUUGAUCCCUGGCCUCGCUAAGUGAGUUAAGGAUCUGGUGUUGCUGUGAGCUGUGGCAUAGGUCUCAGACAUGGCUUAGAUCCCGUAUUGCUAUGGCUGUGCUGUAGGCCUGCAGCUACAGCUCUGACUAGACCCUUAGCCUGGGAAUUUCCAUAUGCUGCAGGUGUGGCCCUAAAAAAAAAAAAAAGACAAAAAAAUAGUGUGUUAUGAACAUUAAGAAAUGUUAUAAUGUACAAUGUAUUAUGAACAUUAUAAAUGAGUAAUAGUAUCUACCCAGAGAGUAUAAAACUUGUUAAAAUUACAUAGAGUUUACCAAAGUAGGAUUCAAAAUAUAAACAAAUGAAAGAUCCAACUCAAAAUAAUGCUAUGUAUGUAUUGGUUUCUAGAAAUUUCCAUUUUAUUUGAGUACACUAUCGUAUUUAUUGGUAGUUAUUGUUGCAAUUAGAACUAUCAUUAAAGUAGUGAAUCAUUAUAUUUAAAGAGUAUUCAGGAAUUUUUUUAAAGUUCUCUCAUAAAAAUCAUAAUCUGCCUGAAAUUGAUUCCUCUUGUCCAGUGCAGGGCCGCUAUUACAAAAGAAAAGAUACCUGUUUCAAGUAUUCAGUUAAUUCUGGUUUGCCUUACAUAUAGUUCAGUGAUAGGUUCUUCCUAAAUCAUGAAGCCACUUGGCUAACCCCCAAGUGGCUCUCCUUUUUAAUAUGUGAGCAACCUAAGGGUAAGCAGUUCAUUGAUUGCUCUCUUUUUAAAUAUGUGAGCAAACUAAGGGUAAGCAGUUCAUUUAUUUGUUUAGGCACAGAAACGUGAGUCUUAUUUCUCUCUCUAGGGCCCACAUGUUUUCACUUUCUCCUUUGAUAGCACACUAGACCAGACUAGCACCAGGCUUCCACCUGGACCACUGCAGUUAAGUUCUUCUACACCUAUUUUUGCUUUUUAUCUUCAUCCAUGUGGGUCACUGCAGCCAGAGUGAUUUACUAAAAUUUUAAAUCUAGCCAUGAGUUUCCCUUCUAAAACUUUAGGGGGAAAAAAGAAGACUAAUUUUUAGAGCUGUUUUUGCUUUAAAGCAAAACUGAGCAGAAAGUACAGUUUCCAUAUAUCUCCUGUUCCUCUAUUCUCCCCCCAUCAAUAUCCCACACCAGAAUGGUACAUUAAUUAUAACUGACGGACCCACAUUGAUAAAUCAUUAUCACCCAAAUCCAUAAUUUACAUUAGGGUUCACUCAUUGUACAUUCUAUGAGUUGGGACAAACGUAUAAUGACGUGUAUCCACAAUUAGAGUAUCAUACAGAACAGUUUCACUGCUCUCAGUAGCCUCUGUGCUCCACCUAUUCAUCCCACCUUUCCUAAGCCCCGGCAACCACUCAUCUUUUUAUAGUCUCCAGAGCUUUGCCUUUUCCAGAAUAUUAUAUAGUUGGAAUCACACAGUAUGUGGCCCUUUCAGAUUGGCUCUUUAACUUAUGUAAUAUGCAUUUAAGUUUUCCCUUUGUCUUUUUGUAGCUUGAUAGCUCAUUUCUUUUUAGUGCUGAAUAAGAUUCCGUUGUCUGGAUGUCCUGGUUGCUGAAGGACAUCUUGGUUGCUCCCAUGUUUUGGCAAUUAUAUGAAUAAAGCUACUAUAAACAUCCGUAUACAGAGUUUUGUGUAGACAUACGUUUUUAACUCAUUUGGGCAAAUACCUAGGAGCAUGAGUGCUGGAAUGCUAAUAGUAUGUUUAGUUUUAUAAGAAACUGCCAAAACUAUCUUCUCAAGUAACUACUGUACCAUUUUGCAUCCCUACCAGCAGGGAAUAAAAAUUCCUAUUGCUCCACAUCCUUGGGUAUUGUCAGUGUUCUGGAUUUUGGCCAUUCUAAUAGGUAUGUAUUGGUAUCACAUUGUUUUCAUUUGUAUUUUCCUAAUGCUAUAAGAUGCAGAGCAUCUUUUAAUAUGCCAUCUGUACGUCUUCUUCAGUGAGAUAUUUGUUCAGAUCUUUUGCUUAUUUUUAGAAAUCAAGUUGUUCAUUUUAUUAUUGAGUCAAACUCUUCAAAGAGUCAUUGAGGAGUUUGCUGAUGGCCUAGCGGGCUAAGGAUCUGGUGUUAUCAUUGCUGUGGUUGGAGUUGCUACUGUGGUGUGGGUUUUGAUCCCUGCCCCAGGAACUUCCCCGUGCUUGGGGUGUGGCAAAAUAAGUCAUUGAGAUUAAAUCCCAAUCCAAUCCUGCUGAUCUACCCCCAGCUAUAUCUAAUUAUGCUUUUGUCAUUUUGUUUGUAAGUUUCUCUUCUGCCCUUUCAAUUCCUUGAAUGUGUCUGGUUCCUUCAUCAUGGCUGUACCCUCUGCUUGUCCCAUUCAUUUCAUGUGUUUUUUAUAUAAGUAGUUCUUUCCAUGCUUUAGAGUUUUGCUGAACCAUGACUUCCUCAGGGAAGUUUUCCCCACACACACGAUCAAGUAAUUUAUUCCUUGAUGUUUUAUACUCUCAGAGCCACAUGUGAUCCUGAUCACAAGUGUAAUUAAAUGUUUAACAUCUGUCUCUCGCAGCAGAAUAGAAGGUUUAUGAUGAUAGGAAUCACAUUUUUCCCCCCACUGUGUGUGCUCAGUAUUCAGCAUUGUCUGGCACAAGCUUGAUGCUUAAUAAACAUUUGUUAAAAUAAUAUUCAAGUACUGAUGGAAAGAAUUUACAUAGUCCUCCUCUCUGCCUAUAAAGUUGAUAAAAUUAGCUAGACAGUAUGUCUGUACAGUGGUAUCCUUUUGUAAGGCUGAGGUCAACCUGUUCCCUUUUCCAUAUUCAAAAUAGAAAUAAUAAUUCCCUAAAUAAAAGAAUUAUUUUAUAACACAGCUAGUUAAUUUAUAAAACAUUUUUGGAGACUUUCACUGUUUAAAUUCAGUAUGGUAUUGGGGCUUUGGUGCUUGUGUGAGUAAUUUAUUCCUUGAUGUAUACUAUAGAAAAUUUAAGGUUUCCUUAAAUUUCAUGUGUUUUUUAAGAGUAAAAAAAUUCAGGAGCUGAAAUUAAGCUUUUUUUUGGUCAAUCCUUAAAUGAUAAUGGUUUAUUAUUUACAUAAUAAACCAAGUGAAUAAUCUAAUAAAGUGAUUAUUGUAGAGACGGCUAGUUUGAUCUUUGAUGAAAACAUCAAUUUAUACAUUAAUUUUUCAAUAAAAAAUUUAGAAAUAAUUAGGCAGGCUAGAAUUUUGGAAAUCUAGUUCCUAUUUGUAAAAUUUGCCCCAAAAUAGGUUCUACUGAGUGAAUAUUUUUUCUUUUUUAUUAAUUACUUUAGGCUUUUAUCAUGACAAUUGUUAAAAGUUACUGUCUCAUCUUUUCCUGAAAAAUGAUGAUAACAUUUUUGAUUCUAAACUGUUUCUAACCAUUACUCAUCUCUUGAUUAAUAUGCUUAGUGGUUUAAAGUAAUUUUUUACAUGAUAUGAGAUAUGAUGGGGCAAAAACUAGGAGCUGUAUUCUAUUGCAUACAUGUAAAAUAAUAGUUUUAUAUAUAUUUUUUGCUUUAGAAAUGUACUGAUCACAAUCCUUAUUCUUUAAACGCCAAGCACACUUUAUUCUAAAAAUAUUGAAGUUUAAACACAAGUUAGGUGUGGAAUCCCUCAUUGAGAACAAAGAAAAGAAUAUUUGACAAUGCUGAAAAUUAGUAUAAAGGGGGUAGGUUUUAAUCAAAACUCCAUUAGGUAAUUUUCCCAGCUGUGACCUUGCAUUUUUUUUUUUUUUUUUGGCCACCCAAAAAAAAUGCAGCAGUUCCUGGGCCACCACUCAAACCCAAGCCAUAGCAGUGACCUGAGCUACUACAGGGACUAACACUGGAUCCUUAACCUGCUGUACCACAAGGGAACUCCAGUGACCCUGCAUAUUACAAAUUAUGAAAUAUGUGAGAAGGACUCUAAUGUCAUAUUGACUCAUUAAUAAAAGGUUUUUGCUGAGUGAAUUACUGGGCAAGGCCUGGUGCACAGAUCCUAUAGGGUCAUGAGGAACACAACAAUCUCAGGAGACCCAUUUAAGGAAACAUUGAAAACCCAUGGAAAAGACUUCUCUGAUGGCUUCUGCAUUAUUUUUGAGAUUACUCAAAAAAAAAAAAAAAAAAAGAUGCUGGCAAUGCAAGUUAAAAGAGGUAUUUUAUUGAGAAACUUGCUUUGUUAGUGAGGGAGUAAAAGUUACAAAUAUUUUCAUUUAAUAAAAUUAGCAUAUCCUUAAUUCUAAAAACAUCUCUUAAAAGCCUUCAUUAUCUAAAACUGCAGAUCAUUCUCAAGUCAGGGUUUUCUUUUAGUGUUUCUUAUGGAAAAAGAUACUGCCAAUUUCCUUCAUGCAAAUAAUAGAACACAUAUGGUAUGAUUUGUUCACAAGCAAAACAAAUUCCCCACUUGAGUCUGAAUUGCCUGCAUGCAUAUGAAUUAAUAUCGUUAUUGCUCUAACUAUAUAAAAGUCUUCUGGUACAGCAAUGAAGCUUUAUGAUUACUCCUGAGCAUUCUGAGAAUUAUAAUGUGGUCAUAUAUAUAUAUAUUUUUUAAAGUUACACAGCAAGAUAGUUCUGCUGAAAAACCCCAUUCCCUAAUUAUAACUUAAAAUUGGUAUAGGUUAAUGCUACACAUUGAUGUAUAUUUUACUUGUUAAAUACACUAGGCUUCCAUGCAGGUUUUUUUAAAAAUUACAUUUUUGUUGCAUUAAAAGGGCAAUGAUUUAACCCUAUAAGUUAUUUUCUAAAUGGCUUCUAUACAUAAGACACUAAAAGUAUGAGACAAAUAAAUAUUUGAAACAGUUUUAAAUAAGUUAAACUAGUACUGACAUUAAGUAGAGGUUCAAAGGUCAUAUGAAUAGACGUCUCCUUAAUUGACUCAAGAUAAAGCUUUUCUGAGGGCAACACUUAGUAAUUUUCAAAUUUAUAAAAUUUUACACAUGGAUACUUAAAAAAACUAAAUUGUAAAUGUAAAAGUAGGAUGUUAGGCAUAGAAUUUUAAAAAUCUUGGCUUGAAUUAUACAGGUUUUUUUCUUCUUUUUAGGGAAUAAGGUAAUAGGGCUAUCCUUCUGUAUUGAGAUGCUUUGUGCAAACACCAGAAAUGAUAUAUCAAAUGGCAAUAAUUCUGUUGAUAAAUUUAAUUGGAUUUGCCCAAAUUAUUAUUUUUAGUACAAAAGUUAAAGAUCAGACUACACUUCUAUUGGACUUUAGAGAUAAUAUUACUUAUGAAGGUUCUUAUUUCCCUCCUAAUGGCACAGAUUAGUAUUUUCGAUAGAAAAGCAAGGGACGAUAAACCUUAAAAAAGUAGUGCUUGUAGUUUUUAAUGAAUACUAUUUGUGAAGGAAAUGGGAAAAUAGAAUAAGAAGGCCUCUCAUUAGAAUCAUUAAAAUACUUAUUUAGGAGGUGCUAUGAGUAAGUGCAAAGUUGUCAUAAUUUAAGGUCCAUUUUCUGCCAGCAGCACACCUGCCAAAUUUGGCAAUUUAAAAGAAUAGUAAAUUGGAUGUUGAUUUUGAAGUUAUAGCACACAAUUGCAGGAAGCAAUGUUUUAAAAUGUUGGCAUAAUUUUUAUAGUAAUUAUUAUAUAUUCAUUAUGAGAACUUUAAAUUUUGAUUAGUUCUCUUUUUCCUAAGUCAGUUUCCUGUGUGUUUUCCAUACACAUGAAAUCACAGAAUCAUAGCAUGGGGUGAGAACAUGUCAAAUUUUACAGAAGAGGCAAAUGAUGCUCAGAGAACUUGUGAUUUACCCAAGGUCCCGUAGCUAAUAAGUAACAGAUUUGGGGCCAGAAUGUGACUCCAUAUGGGGUUGUUUCCUUCAUAACUUAGGUCUUGGUGGGUGGGGAUGAAUGCUCAAUUUCUUUAUAUCUUUCUUGUUGGGGAGUGUGUGUAUUAGUGGCAGGAGGACUGUGUUCAGGACUCUUUUGAAGAAAUCUGUAAAACAAGUACUCAUCCCGAAAUUCAUAUUCAUUGGUGAUAUGUUGGAUCACUCCCCCUUGCACCAGUCUGUCUCCAUAUAUCACAGCUUCACCACGGUCAGAGGCAAGGCCAACUUCAAUUAGCCAGUUCACCAAGUCACAGCCACAGAAGGUCCCAGCAGAAGUCUUUGGACCACACCUGUAUGUCAAAGGAAUGAUUCACCCACAUGUUCUGUAAAUCUGGUAUCAGCACUGCAUAAUGGAGGACAAGCAAGGAAAAAUAGGAGACAGGGAAAGACAGCAUGAUAGUUAAAAGGUGGCAGGAAUGAAACUAUUCUGAAUAUAAAGGGUUUAUUAAAUCACCUGACUCUAGAAGGACCCACCAGAGAAAAACAAAAUAUGCCAAUAAUGCUUGUGAAAACAGAAACACUUAACAAAAAUGACUUAGAUAAUGUAAAUGCAUCAACAAAGAAAUAUUCUUUUUAGAGCAGAUGGUCUUUUACCAUCAGAUAUAUUCUGUAGACAGCUGACUGUUAUGUAUUUUUAUAAGUUGUACUUUUAUUUAAAAUAUAAUUGUCUCAGGAACAUUAAAUAAUAUUUUUUG